AUGGAAUCCGAGUUACCUGCCAAGAAAGAAUCGCCUUCUAGCUCUCCUAAAGAUCUAUCUACAGACCGUCAGGCGCCGCAGGAAGGCAACUCCCAGGCUCUUAUGCGGUCAUCCGAGGAGCCCGACGCGGCGAAAAUACCUGCUACCACUUGCCAGACAUCAGCAGCAUCAGCGGUCAAACCCAUUGCGACAACUGUUCACGGUGUGGCAACCAGCAUAAUUUCAGAGGUAAUCGACUCCGGUUUUCCCAUUCUUCCUUUUAAUGCCGAAUUUGGUGAUGCUGGAAUCAACCUUACUUUGUCAAUAACUGUAGGCGAAAAUGUCUUAACUGAAAAAGACAUCGUUUACACCUUUUAUGAAUACUGCCUUCUUUGA